UAGUAAACCAUGCAAAAAUACAGAAGAGGUCAUUUAUAAGGCCCGGUUUCUUAUCAAAAGAGUGUACCUGUUGCGCUUGUCACAUUCAAUUCAGGAAAGAAACCAAAUGCUGAACAUGUCGGAGCAAAUUCAGAUACUUGCUUUAGCUGUGAUAGUUGUCCAUUUUGUGAUCAGCAAUGGAAUAAAUGUGAUAAAAAAUGCAACAACAGUGUACUUAUCAAGUACAACAGAUGGCAACGAAUGUAUGCCUCAGCCAUGUUUGAACGGCGGAAGUUGUAUCGAUGGUACAGGAGACUUCACGUGUUUGUGUAGACCAGACUUUGCAGGGAAUAUUUGCGAGAUAGAAAUUAAUAGAUGUAAAUAUGGCAACGUGUGUUACAAUGGUGGUACCUGCACAGAAGAAACUUACCCAUAUAACUGUCAGUGUCCAGCCGGUUUCUCUGGCUCCAGUUGCGAGAUUGUAAAAGUUACAAGUAGUGGACUAAAGUUCGUCAGAAUACCUUUUGGUCAUUCGUUGAGUUUAACUUGUAGUGAUUCUAUUCCUUAUUUCACCUGGGUUUGGAUAAAACCAACAGACUGUCAUGGGUUUCAUAACUCUGACUUUGCUAGACAUACAAUACGUGUAUUCUACUUGGCUACUGCAGGUAUUGGUGAUGCCGGAACUUACAUCUGCAAAUCGUCAGAAUCCGAGUCUGAGGAGUAUUUUAAUGUAGAAAUCGUAUGGAGUUCAGUGAUAUGUACUUUUGAAAACCAGGGUUUAUGUCAAUGGGAAAAUAAGUUGUAUGGAUACCCUCAUGUUGACUAUAUUCCAUGGAAACUAGAGCACGGUCGACUUGAAGAUCAUUCCCUAGGAACGAAAAAUGGAACAUAUCUGACGAUACAAUCAAAAACUCGCGUAAGAUCUGAACUGCAUUCACCUAUUUUACCAGCCAAUCAAACCAUUUGUUUUGAAUUUUGGUACCGGAUAUCUAUAAAUGGAUCUGGAACAGUGUCGAUGGCUCUAUUAGAGGAUCAAUGCCGGGAUAAAAGAACAGAGAUGUUUAAGGCAACGGAUACGAGGCGUGGACAUUGGGUGAGAGCUGCUGUUACUAUAUUGAAUACCCUGGUACCGAACGAUUACAAUGUUGUCAUUGCUGCUAGCAAAGUUCUAGGUUCUAUCGACAUUGAUGAUCUAAAAUUCAGUAAUAAACAUUGUCAAGGGUUCCAAGGGAUUGUAGGUAAGUAUCGUAUCGUACAUGUUUUUGUAGAUUAAGAUAGAAAAUUAUUUCAACUCUUCUCGAGUCCAAUUCCUGGAACUAACCAGUACUGGGCCCGAAGUAAUACAGAUUUUCCAAAACUCGAACUCAUAUCUCAAGUGUUUGAUUGCUUAGAAACCAGCAUAAAAUCUAUGUGGACCAAUGAAUUUUACGAGAACUCACUCAGGAAAAAGUUGUUUAACCUCCAGAUCUGGUGUCAUUUAAAAGAAACAUAGUCUAAUCACUAAGUACGUCAAAGUAGAGACCUUAAACUUCACUAGCCUUGUUUCGACUUUUUUUGGGUUGGGAUUGACGUUACACCGGCACCGUUAUGGUUGUUUGGAGGACCUCAUAUUAUUUCAGGCACGAGUGGGAACCAAAGUAGAACCACUGACGUUCCGUUAGCUAUCCAGAAUAUCCUCCACAUAUGAAAUUAUCUAGUUUCCCUGACGGGAUACGAACCUUCAGUGGUGAGGAGCAAGUGGUUUGAAGCCAUCGGGCAAGGCCGACUAUUGCCAAGUUUCGUGUUUUUAAAUUGAAAAAGUAUAAAAACAGUCAUUGGUAAGAUUGAAACAUAUAAUGUUGCAAAAACGAUUUCAUUCCUUAAUUAAUGAGAUGUGCUUAGAGACAUAUAAAAAGAUAUUUUUAUAUUGUUGUUUUUUUACAUUUUUUAAAAGGGUUAUAUACCGACUUGUGUUCAUAUGUCUUAUUUAUUGUGUCGUUAUAUAUCCCCUGCUUGCACACAUUGAAUAUAACAAAUAAAUUAUUGACAGAAGUACAGUAUACAGGGGAUAGCAUAAGAUAUAUGAGCAAAUAAGACAUUAUACAUAUCGGUAUUUUUCCCUCGUGACACAUUUAAUCUGUCACUAGAGUUUUCUCUUUUUAAAAUAAGUUAAAAAUCUUAUGUCAUUU